AUGGCUAACCCUAAAGUUUUCUUUGAUAUGACCGUGGACGACAAACCAGCUGGUCAGAUCGUGAUGGAGCUCUUCGCCGACAUUACACCGCGGACGGCGGAGAACUUCCGGGCCCUCUGUACCGGCGAGAAAGGCAUGGGGAAGUUUGGUAAGCCACUCCACUACAAGGGAUCGGUCAUCUACCGCCCCUAUUCUGUUUUCCAGGGAGGAGAUUUCAACGCAGGGGACGGAUCCGGAGGCGAGUCGAUUUACGAAGAUAGAUUCUUCGAUGAUGAGAACUUCAUCUUGAAGCAUACCGGUCCAGGUGUCCUCUCCAUGUCCAACCGUGGUCCGAACACCAACGGAUCAGUUCUUGAUCAGCAUGCUCAGGAACAGUUCACUCGACCGCCAACACGUCGUGUUCGGCCAAGUUGUUGA